CCAGCGAUCGGGCUGCCGCCUUCCCGGGCCGGGGCGAUGGAGAACGGAGUGUACCGCCCGACCACCGAGGCAGACCCGGGACCCGCCAGGGCCGCGCGGAGCGUCCUGGGCGGCUGCGUCUACCCGGGCCGGCUGCCCUGGCCCCGUCGCAUUCUCAAGAGCUCGCAGCUGUUGCUGUCGCUGCUGGCCUUCGUCUGUGAAGAAGUCGUUUCACAAUGCACUCUGUGUGGAGGGCUGUACUUCUUUGAGUUUGUUAGCUGCUGUGCCUUUCUUCUCAGCCUCCUCAUCCUGAUUGUGUACUGCACUCCAAUCUAUGACAGAAUCGAUGCUGAGAAAAUACGGCAAUCGGACUUUUAUAUCACUGUGGUAACAGGCGUUGUGUUUUUGCUGGCAUCCAUUAUUUUUACCACCACCCAUGACAGGACCCCAACUGAAACUGCUGCAAUUGUGUUUGGAUUUGGGGCCAGCUUCAUGUUUCUGGUUGACUUUAUCGUUAUGCUCUUUAAAAAACGCCAGGAUGACCAGCUGAGAAAAUCUGAGUUGCCCCUGAGGACAGAAGCUGCCACUGAACCACUGAAUGCUCCUCGCUAGCAAAGAAGCAUUCCCAUCCGCUGAGCUCUGAGCAGACGACCCAUCAGGCAGUGACUGCAUGAUGCCUAAACCCUGGCAGACAGUCUUGAAGAGUUGGUGUGACCACUUCUUUGGAAAACAAGGACUUGAAGAGCAAGAAGGCAGUUUGUGGCUAUUUUAGACUGUCAGUCACCACAAUUAGGCCAGAAGGUGUUUUGUUUUGUUUUUAACAAUAGUUGAAACUUGCAUCAAAUGAAAAUUUUUUGCAGGUAGCAAGACCAAUGUUUUUUUUUAAUCAUACAGGUCAUGAUAAUAAACUAUCCUGUCAUGUAAAAAAAUAAGAUAUUUCACUAGCUUCUACUUCCAAAAUGCUUUAUAGCUGAAUAAACAGCAUAAUUAUUUUGAUUUGAAAUCAGUUUGCUUAGCGAUGGGUCUGGGUUUUUUUAAACUUGUUUUUGUUUUGUAAAAGAAAUAAAAUAGACAAUGAUUAGAUUAUGUUCUGUUCACUGAAAUUUAAUGUAUAUUUAAGGAUCAAUACUUUAAAAUGUUGGUCUUGAUUUUUCUCUUAAAAUCAAAAUUUGCUAUCUCACUCUGCCUUAAAAUGAUUAUGAUAUCGUAGGAUAAUUAUUACUAACUCUGAUUUUACUGUAGUGUAAUAUAAAUUGUAUAAGAAAGUCAUUGGUAUUUUAUGUGUAUAAAACAUUGGCAGCCUCCAUGUUUAUAUUGCACUUUGGUUGUUGCUAACAAUAUCAAGUGUAAAGAAAAAAACAGGCAGGGAUGUAAUGCAACACAGAAAGAUUGAAUGAACUGAUAUUAGGCCUAAGGACCAAAGACAAAAAAGACAGUUUGCCCAGUUACAGUGAAAGUAAUUAGAAAAAUAAGCACCAAGCACUUAGCAAGAAGAGAUGAGUUCAUACUGUGAUUAGAAAAUGGUGUCUUUCAUGUUGGCAUCUGAUUUUUUUUUACUUAACACAGCUCUGCUGGGCCUUAUAUGUUUUUGUGGGAUCUGGUCUUAAAACUCCCACGAAUCAGUCAGUCACCCUGGUCUCUGAGGUUGUUCCUCUUUGCAGGAUGCUCCCUUUGCUGUCUUGCCAGAGUGGCCUGUACAGCCUUCAUUGUCUGGCAGAGGGGGGCCUCGCUCUGGCUGGCUGUCUACACUCUGCGCCGUUUUAAUUGCAGAGUGCACAGCAGGGUUGUUUGGGUCCGUGUUCUCACACAGCAUUGCCCCAGUUUGCUCUGGAGGAGACCUAAUACAGUGACUGUCCAGGAGAGAAUUCUGUCCAGAUGAAUCCUGGGUUAGUCAAAUUACUCUCAUGAGACACUUUAUCAUAGUUCUGAUCAUAUGGAAGAAUAGUCUAACCCUGUCCUAGAGCCAUCUGAAAAGGGCACAGGAUGAGACCUUUCUCACCAGUAGGUUCGUGGACUAGACCUUUCUUGCUUCUAAGUUUUGACUCGGGACUCCACUAUUCAGGGGGCGGGUCUGUGUCUGGUUCUUCAGUACUUUGGUGCAUGGCUCCUGGGCUAGUUUUCUAUCUGGAACAGUGGAAUCGUGUUUUCAAUAAUGAAAUUUAAUGACCUGAUCCUCCUCUAGUUUCUCAGCUGCUGUGUGUGUGUGUGUGUGUGUGUGUGUGUGUGUGUGUGUGUGUGUGUGUGUGUUUCACCUGCGUUAGCGGACCACAUCUAGUGUGACUCAGAUUGGUCAGUGUGACAACGCCUGCUCUGUUCUACUGACUCAGGACUGCCAUUAGCCUCAGCUUGGAUGGCACUGUUAGUGAUAACGUCACCACUCCUUAGCGGGGAGACUGCAACUGGUCACAGCUGCUGUUCUUGCUGGGCUUGUCAUUGAAAAGACAAACCGAUCCUUGGGUUCCAGAAUAAAGACGGAUUCAGAGAUAACCAGUUUCUGGUUUCGGAAAUUUCUCCACUCAAACUCCUAACCGUUGCCAUUUAAAAAUACCGUUCAAAUCCAGCUAGAAUUCCCUUCCGGUCAUCUGGAGAACCCCAGGAUCCCCACCCAUGCAUCCCGGUUCAUUGAACUUGGUGGACACAUCUCUAGCUGGCCCUGCACAUUUGUGGGUACAUUAGCACUGAGCUGAAGCUCUGCUGCUCGGAGGGGUCUCCUUGCUUUGGGUCAUGGGCAGCAGCAGUGGACUUUAGAGCUGGCUACCUGCUCCUUCACAUCCACGGAUGCUUCGGGUCACUCGUGAGCCUUCCUCUUUGUGCCGUUAUGCAAUCCAGGACCAGUUCGCUUUGACUUUUGUGAAGGGAAUUAGUCCCCAAAAGUUUAUAAUGGCAAGUGAAAUCAUUUAAGCUGAACUUGGACUCAAAAAAAACCCCCACUCAUAUACAGAAAAGGGUAAACUCAUUGCAUUUAAAGUGCUUUUCUUAUUAAUAACCAUGGCAGAGUUGAUUUCAUACAAAAUGUUUUAAAUGGUUCUUAAUUAUAAGGGAAAUGUGCUUAUAAUACAAAGAUUUUUAUAAUUGCUAUACUUAAAUUAUGUUUUGUUGGGGGACUCGGGAAUGUAUUUUUACAUUGUUUAUAGCCAAUCGUUUUUGUAUUUAUCAAUUCUGUGGGCCUUUUAAAAAAUCUAUAUGUCAACUUUUUUAAUCUUUUAAAUAAACCCAUUUUAUUAAAAUAUUCA